AUGGAUGUUCAAUUGGGGUUGAAGCUCACAAGGCCUGCUGAUGAGUUCAGCUCUGCUAAUUUCCAGUUGUUGAAAGAUCACAGAAGCCCUCUUUUCCAGUCUAGAGAAACCAUCACCAUGUUCAUCUUAACAGCCCAUCUAAGAGGUUACAAGAGAGGAGAUAUAAAGAUUGAGAUCAAUGAGGAUGGGACUGUAAUGGUGAUAAGUGGUGAGAAAGCAGUUGAGGAGACAGUAAUGAUGGGAUGGAGACUAUACAAGAAAGGAACAGAAACCUUAAAGUUGAAGAAAUCUUUCAGAAUUCCUAAUGGGGUUGUUUUGGACAAGAUUGAAGCCAAGUUCAAUGAAGAUGAAUCUGUUCUGACUAUCUCAAUGCCAAAGAAAGUGACAGGAAUUGUGGGAAGUGUGGUUGAGGGAAUGGAGGAUCCUGCAGAGAUUCCCAGACAGGAAUCUGCAGAAAAUUUGUCUGAAGAGAUUCCUCAAAGUCCCAGAAAACCUGGACAAGAUUCAUGGGAAGAUGACAAGAUUCUUGAUGAAGAUUCACCAGAUGAUCAAGAAAUUACUAGGCUGCAGAAUCCAAUGGAGGAAACAGGUGAUGAAGGUGAAUCUUCAGGGGCAAAACAGGAAAUUGCAGAUGACGAAGAGCUGCCAAGGAGUGAUGAAGGUUGGGAAUAUGAAGAAGAUGAAGAUCAGAGAAGGAGAGAAGAAGAAGAAGAAGAGGGUGGGGAGAAAUGCAGUAUAUUAUGUGCUCCCAUUGUUGCAGGCUCGGCCUUGCUCUUAUCAUUUGUGGUCUUUGUCAUUCAAUGCAUUAGAACUAAGAGGCCAACACCACAAAACAAUGUAGAAUAAUGUCUUACCAAAUUUGUUAGAUUUUACACAUUAAAUUUAUAGAUGAUAUGAAAUUCGGAUGAUGUGCACUGUACUUGACAUCUAAAUACAUACUCUCUG